GCCCUGGCCCGGCCCUUUCAACGCCAGAUCCUCUUCUCUUCAACGACCGCACUUCUACCUUCUGACACCGACGACGGAACAACGUACAACUUAACAACUUACAACACUCGAGAGUCAACACCAUCAUCCUCUCUUCACCACCAUCCUCUGCCUCGGCCUCUCCCUCGACACCCUGGUUCACCCCCCCGGCUUUUGCGCAGACGUCACUCAUCACUUCCAUCCAUCCACCUCCCACGAUCCCUCUCCCUCUGCCUCUGACUCUGCCUCUGCCUCUCGACAUUCCACCCGCAACAAUGGCCAGUCCGAUAUCCCAGCUCCAACACCGGCAUGACCACUGUUAGACAGAAUCCCCUGAUACAUCCUCACCAUCAUGUCCCUCCUGGGAAAGCUCUUCUCCGGCUUGCCCUCCGCAACCUCCUCCUCCCGCCCUCCCAACCCGCUCGACUCCAACCUCGAGGACAACUUCACCUACAACCUCCUCUUCCCCGACCCCGAGGCCCUCGCCCACCAUGAUCAGGUCUUCUCCCUGUCGUCCGCCACCGUGCUGCCCCCCGCCGCCGUCUCGCCCUUCGACGUCAACCCCGACAUCGAUCUGGAGAUGCGCGAUGUGCGGGUCAUCAUCAUGCAAGAAGCCACCGCCGCCACGGGCCAUGCCUACCUGCUCUACGACAGCCACCCUCCGCCCCCAUCCUCGCCCCCGCUGGAGCGCCAGCUCACGAAUCCGCGGCGGGAAGGCCGCCGCUCCAUCAGCUCGUCGCGCCGGACCAGCAGCGUCCAGAAUAAUGCCCGGCCCGUCAUCAUCCAGCAGGAGACGGCCCCGAGGCCCGUGGGCGCGUUCGAUCGCAGGACCACACAGCAUAACAAGACCCUGAGCUAUCAGGAGACGGAAGGACAGCGCUCGGCCAGGGAGUAUCGGGAGGAGGUCACGUCGUUCGCGAACUGCAUCUUCGGCGCCUCGGAUACCCUGGCGUACAAGGGCGCCGGCACGAAGCUGCACAUCCUCCCCGCGGAAUCCAGAUCGACCCCCACGUCAGGUUCCUACGCCGCCGACGGUUCGCUGGGAAGGUCGAGCAUGCGCAGCAGCCGGUUGGCGCAUUCCUUCACGUCAGACAACGUCGCCUCGGGGAUGCCGUCCCCGGGUUUCACCAGCACAGGUACGACGGCGAGGAGUGAGCGGAAGAAGGUCUUGAUCACGCGCAUGUUCCCCGUCACCCUCCCCAACGAUGAUGCCGACGAGGCGCAGGACCGGACCCCGACCGCAAAGGCACGCGCGGAUGAGACGACGGGGUAUCCCUUUCCGCAGGUCAGCGAGCAUGGCCUGCCACAGAAGAAGAAACCACAGCAGAAGAAGACGCCGAUGUACGCCGUGGGCCUGGUCAUCCGCCUCCCAGCCGCGCCCCCCAAUGCGCCCUCCGCUCCCACGUCCAGGUCCACCUUCCGCGGUCCGAGCUCCUACAACGAGCAAGAGUCGUUCCCGUCGUCGUUCAACUCGGCGCGGCACGCUGGCUGGACGAUGCUGGGCCAUGGCUUUGGCGUGCAGUCUCUGGAAUCGUCCUUUUCGAGCGAUGUGGACGACCGGAUUGACGCGAUUACCCAGCAUUGGGACAUCAUUAUGCGAACCCUGUCACAUCUGCAGGCCGUGGCAACGGCCGCGCUCUUGCCCAUGCUCAAGCAAGCAGACAUUAGCUCCCCGAGUCCGCAGAAGCACACCCGGACGCCUUCCGCCAGUGUGUCUGUCUCGGGGAAGCGGGUAGAGGAGGAUGUCAAACCGUUCAAGAUCCAGAAGCCUAAUAUCAAGUACGUCCAGCUGAUGUCAAACUGCCUGAUGCAGGCCCCGAAUAUCCACAGAGAGGUCGAGUCGUCGCGGCAACGGAUCCUCAGCGGCAUCCGCGCCCGUCGCGUCGUCACUGGCCAGGGGAGAUGGGGGAUCUGGCGCGAGGAGGCGAGAUUGGUGAGCAAGUGGGCGGGGGGGAAGGAUGAGGGCUUCUUCUUCUUCAACCUCCUCACCGGCUUCCUGGGCAAUCAUACCGAGUGGCUCCAGGCCCUGGGGCCGACUCACUACCGUCGACGGUAUUAUCAGCAACAGAGAGCCAAUCGAGAGGAUGAUAUCUCUGUCCCCGCGCGAACCGUCAUCGUCUCGGACAAUAAGCUCAUGGCUCGCCGGCUGAUCUUCCUGCUCUCCGCCUUCCUGCCGGCAAAUCAACAACCAGGGAUGUGUCGAUUGCACCGCCCAAGUACAUCGACCUCUCUCGGCGGCUACUCGCAAUCGCCGCCUACGUAUACCGUGCCUAUCUUAAGAGAGGAAUCACUACGUCGCCGGAUCAACAAGCGCGGGAGCGCGGCUCGAGGCGCUCAUGCCAGGACUAUGAGCUUCCCAGCACAGAACCUGGAGAUCCAUCACCACGAUAGACGGACCUCGGAUGCAGCAUCGAUCCGGACCGCCAACCUCCCGAUCCCGGGAAGUGAUCUCGGCACGAGGAAGAGCAGUGCGGCGACUACCGCGACCGUGACGCCGGUGACGACCAUGCCUCACUUUUCUACCCGACGUCCCGUCAGAGGGACUGGGCCCGCGCCGCGACCAGGGAGCAGUGGUAGUCUAGCAGCGGACGACCUCAUCCGGACCUUGAAGAGAGGCGACAGCACCGGCCAAUACAGCAACACGUCUACGGAUUCGCAGGGACAGAAUUCGCGCUGGGGGAGCAUGAUCAGUGGGUUCUGGAAUCCGUCAAAGAAACGGGAAUCUACAACGGCAACCUCCCCCCCUACGUUAGAAGGUGUAGAGAUUAAUCCGAAUUACAAAAGAUAUUACCAAGGCAAGCUGCAACAGAUGGUCGAUGAGGCCACCGCGCGAACCUCGCAAGAAGAGAUGCGCCGAUCAGAGACGGCCUCCGCCGAGACGGCCAGACCAGAGUCGGAUGCGGGUGGUGACGAGGCGACGGAGCAAGUACGGAGCCGCGAACGCAUCCCUGAUCCGUCGGGGGCAUAUGAGAGCCCGGUGAAGACGUCUAUUAAAGACGGGGUCAUCGAGAUUGAUGUGCCCCUCCCUGAAUAUCUCUCUUUCGAGACGGCCGUCUCCUCACCCAGUAGCUCUGGCUACUCGCUGCCCACCCCGGGAUUCGGCAAUGGGCUGGAUGCAUUUGAGCAUUACGCCCGCGGACCCGAUUCAGAUACGACGAUGAAUGUGGGAGGCUGGUUACCGAGAUACAAUCCUGACUUUGCCCUCCAAGCUAUCCCUCCUCAACCAGAUUUGCUGGAGGAGGUCAAGGAGAGCAUGCGUGCUGAACCCACGCCCUUUACCUCCUCCACCCCGCACCCUGAUGAUAGCGGCGAGGGCCGCUGGGUUGAUAUCUGCUCGGCUAUCAUCGCCGAUACCACUAAUUUCUCUAUCAAACUCAUCCGCUACCGCCGUCUGAUCAAACGCCCUCACGUCGACCAUUCGGCUACGUCGUCCAUCCAGAAUAGUCUGGAUAGCAGAUACGGCAACGUCUACAGCGCCGCGCAGCUCACGCCUGGUAUUGAGAUCGGGAGCGAGGUCGAGGAGCGUUUCAUCGAAGAACCCAUCAUCUCCAUGGACGAGACGCUGAUCGAAGCCGUCGAGCGCAUCAUCGCUCAGUCGGGCCCGGGGUCCAAGCAUUCGUCGGUCUGCUCGAGCCGCAGCACGUCACGCCGCGGCGGCGGUGGUCACGAACGCAGCGACUCGGAAUGCCGCGAGCCGCGCGUGCCAGAACACACGAUAGAGGUGCCGCGCAACGAAUGCAAGAAGAUGGUGCUGACGGCACUAGACGAGAUCGUGCGGAGUGUGGUGGAUAGCCGGGAGCGCGAGGCCAUGGCGGAAGCGCGAGCGAACGCGGGGAUGCUGGCGAGAGAGAAGGAGAGUUUUCUGAGGGAGGGCGUUCGGUCAUGGUUAGGGAGUGUGGAGAAUUGA